AUGACGUCGAGAACGCGGCCGGCGCCGCCGCUGACAGCCCUAUGUCGGCGAGUCAUUCUACGUCACAUUUCGACUCUGUACGAUGUAGGGGACAUGCCCUACCGAGUUGCAGCACCCCUCUUGCAGCAGUGCAAACCGGAGCAGCUGCGCAUGAUCGAGGAGGCUUCACCCCACCUGCUCGAGCAUACGAACGAUAUUUGGCAACGUGCUUGUCUUCGCGACUUUUCCGAGCUGCGCAAGGCACAAAAGGACGGCACGCUAGAAGCGCCGCCCAGCUGGCGCGCCUUGUACCUGACCAAGCAGCAACAAACAGAAGAAGCCAAGGCCCUCGCUACAGCACGCAUCAAGGGCCGGUAUGCCGAGCACAGCGCACAAAAAGAUGCGAAAAAACUUGUCGUGUCUAACGUCCCUAUACCCACUCACCGCCGCGCUCGGCGGCCCGCGCCGUCCCGGCCAUCCACGCCAUACGAGUCCAAGGGACGAUCCAUGCUGCUCAAGGCACGCACAGGCCUCGCGAUGCGGACGCGCCAGAUGAUGCGCCCCCGCGGCUUGCGCCCGCCGCGCCGCACACCUCCCUCGUCUCGUCCAUAG